GAUAGCAAGUUCUGACACGGUUUAAAUAUGACCGCUUUAAAUUUGACACUAGAACAAGUCACACUACCACAGACAUUGAUCAAGAGAGGAACAUCCGUAUCGGAAAAAUGAAGGUAAGAUGUUGAAAUCAGUUGCAUUUGAAAACUUCGGAAAUUUCGUCGGCUACCAGAAGCUAGAAUUCGAAGAAGGAGCGAAUUUUAUCAUAGGCAGUAACGCUGUUGGAAAAGGAUUAAUUUUGGAUCUUAUCAGACGUUGUGUCUCUACAAAGGAAUACAUAUCUCAUUAUAGAAUCCAUGAUGAAGACAAACCUGCUUACAUCAUCAGUAAAUAUCUUGUUGAAGACAAACCUGAAUGUACAGAAACAAUAACAAAAUUAGGUGAAUUAUGUGGAGUCAAAGAGAUCAAGGGGAACUGUAAUGUUGUUGGCUGUAUCAUUAUACAAAAAGAAGAAAAAGAACGAAAACAGGAGGAAAAAGAACGAGAUGGCACAACGGAAAACGUCUACAAGGUAUAUAAAUUAGGCCAAGUGGAGAUCGGAGAAAACACACAUUCCUUUUUAAAUAUUUGGAAAUGUGAUCAGAAAUCCACUUUUGUAAAAACUCAAACAUUGGUAGACGUGAACAAAGCCUUCCAAAAGUUUCUGGGUUGCAUAAACGGUGACAGUCGCAAAAGAACAGAGGAACUUCAGAAACUAUUGAAGUUUUUCAAAGGACUUGAAACCACUCAUAAUAGUGAAGAAUAUGAACAUGCCCAUGAUAGCGAAUCAUCUGAAUUGUUACGAUCAAAAUGUUUGGGACUGUUUCAGGCAAUUUCCGACGUCUCUGUUUCGGUUUUCGCGAAGAGGUCCAUUGGACCAGUCCAGUGGGACAAGAGUGUCUUUGACAAGCCAGGCGAUGAAGACAAAGGGAACAACGAAACGAUAAGAGAGAAGCGAAGAAAAAAGAAACACGAUGAUGCAAACGAUAGGGCAGAGAUCCUUCAAGAGCUACUCCCUCCAGAAGAAACUGAAGAUCUGCAAACUGCAAAGAAUAUUUUCGCAACGUUGAUAUAUCCAUUUGAAUUUACAUUCAAAAAAGUCGUCAGAAAAAAAGACGAAACAGAUGAUAAAGAAAAAAAGUAUGAUAUCUACCUGCAAAACGGAAAGAAAAAUGCCCCCACACGUCUCGAGUUACUACGGGUUCCUGAAGGAAUUAUAGAAGCAAUGCACUUUUCCUUGAUUUUGGCCCAGAAGAAUUAUAAAACGAUCUGUUUGAAGGAACCGGACAAAGGCAUGCAUCCUCAAAUGAUAGAGAAGAUGAGGGAUCUUGUCUUGCGGUCUCAACACCGUAAAGGAAAGGUUUUGCUGCUGGUAUCUCACAACCCAGCCAUGAUUCAUCACUGGGCUAUCCACCGUACGUUUGUUUGUCGACAAAAGCGCGACAAAGAAGGAAACUCUGUUCACAGUGUAUUGAAAGUCAAAUCCGACGACAACAUGAGGGUGAGACUCAUUCAUGAAGAAUUGAAAAACACAAUGUUUGCGGCGUCCGUUUUAUUUGUCGAAGGGAUACACGACAAAUUGGUCAUGACUAUGGUAUUUGACCAAAUUCUUCAUCCUGACUUUUCCCUCGAAGAUUUCAAAUCAGUAAACGCUUAUAAAGAUAAAGGAAACGACAAUCUGGAAAGUUUAAGAAAAUUAGUUUCUGGACUUGCAGUUGUUAAUAUGGACGGGCAGACCUGUCGAAAAAACUUGACGGACAUGGCAAGAACAAUUGAACUUCCAUACAUUUUGUUGCUGGAUAUAGAUGUAGCCUACUCAUGCACGAGAUUGACAGAUAGAUGGAAGCAUGUAAAAACACUUUUGAAAGAUUUCGGUGGUGCGGACUACAAUGGAAAUAAUCAGAUAGAAGAAGUCAAACAAGAACUACAGAAAAACGUCAAGAAGACGAAGGAGGAAUAUCAUUCAGAAAUGAGGAGGAAAUUAAGAGACCAUAAUAUUGAAGAAGAUGAUAUUGAUAAAUGUAUUGAAGUAGUGGAUAAUUGUCGUCCAUACCAAACACCAAAGGGAAACAACAAUACACAAAUGUUCAGUGAGGCAGUUAGUUUGAUACAACAGUCUAAAAACGAUGUGGAGAAAAAAGUUGCACUAUGUGUCAAAGCCUUACUAGAUCCAAACAAGGACAAGUUUGAACAAAGGAAAAUACAAGAAAUGCUUGGUGUGAAGGAAUGGCCGGAAAAGGAAAAAGAAAUUUCACCUGCUGUUAUAAAAGAUGAGUUGUCAAAAGCCAGGAUUCACUGCUGGGAAAAAGGAAAUUUAGAGGAGGUCAUCUGCAAAGCUGUCUUGGUCAAUAAUUCUGCCGAGGAGUUAACGUUUCUAAGAAAUGUUUUCAACUUGGCAGCAGUGGAUAAAGAAAGGUAUGGGAAAAAAUUCUUGUCGCAUAUUGAAGAAGGUCGUUUGAAAGACUUAGUUUCUAAACAUCUCCUGAAGUGUGAAGAAAUGGAGAAGUUCCUGUUAUUUCUUUUACAGCAAGCAGAUAAAGAUUUUCCGCUGAAGGAUACAACGGCAAAAAUGUGAUGGCAGAUGACAUAUAACAAUCUGACGGAGCCUUUGGCCUUUUGCAACCAUUGGCAAUUAUGGCGAAUUAGAGAACAUUCUGAUACAAUUAACACAUAGAAAGGAAAAUAUGGACAACUUGACCUGUCGUAAUAUAAACAACAGCUGUUGAUCCCAUAAAUGGGUUCAAUCUCGGACAUUGGUCGGUCAAAUAUCCGGGUUUUGUUUGGUCUCUGAGUCGAGUGAAAUCCUUACAGAUUAUUUAAGAAUUCUACAUCAAGAAAAAUAUUCAUUUUGCGACUUUGCUGUUUUCUUACUUAAUUAACUAUUUGCAUACAUGCUAUAUUUGAUAUUUUAUGGGGACAGUGAGGAGGAAUUAUAAUUCCAGAAAUAUAUUCAAAGUGUCGUUUGUGCUCUGAAAGCCUAAUAAUAAUAAGUUAACAGUUGCUAUGCUGAUUUUGAUUUAACACAAUGUGGUAUCAGACGUGAUUACGUCAUUUCGUCCUAUGUGUAGCGAGUCAGGGCGGACGGUCUCUCGUGUUAUGUCUUAGAGACAGUUUUGAAGCAAUCAACCUCUUGACAGCAUAAUUCCGUUAUUUAAUUUUACAAUUAUAAUUGACAUAUUAUCGAUUGUUUUUCUAUAACGUCACGGAAGCACGGUAGUUUAGUGGUAGGACGCCGGGCUGGUGACCGAAGGGUUGCGGGUUGAGUCACGGCACAGCGAGAUAUUUUAUUCCGCUUGUUCCAGUCUACUCAGCUAUAAAUGGGUACGUGGUUGGGCAGUGCUAGAAUUGUUGAA